UCCAAAGAAGCCUCACCCGACCUCUACACAGAGGUCUUUCUGUGCUCGCUGCUACAGCUGUGGGCCCAGGAUGCCAGCUGUCCAGCUCCUGAUUCUGGUCUGCCUGGUGUGGGGAACAGGGGCCAGGACAGCCCAGUUCCGAAAGGCCAAUGAUAGGAGUGGCCGGUGCCAGUAUACCUUCAGUGUGGCCAGCCCCAAUGAAUCCAGCUGCCCCGAGGAAAGCCAGGCUAUGUCAGCCAUACGAGACCUUCAGAGAGACAGCAGUACCCAGCAUGCAGACCUGGAGUCGAUCAAAGCCCGGCUCAGCUCCCUGGAGAGCCUCCUCUAUCGCCUGACCUCGGACCAGGCUGCUGGUCCCCAGGAGGUCCAGGAAGGGCUGCAGAGAGAUCUGGGUGCCUUGAGGAGAGAGCGAGACCAACUGGAGACCCAAGCUAGGGAGCUCGAAGUAGCCUAUAGCAACCUGCUCCGAGACAAAUCAGCUCUGGAGGAAGAGAAGAGGCAACUGGGGCAAGAGAAUGAGGAUCUAGCCAGAAGGCUGGAAAGCAGUAGCCAGGAGGUAGCAAGGCUGAGGAGGGGUCAGUGUCACCUAACCAGAGACGCUUCUCAAGACAUGCUGCCAGGCUCCAGGGAAGUUUCUCAGUGGAAUUUGGACACAUUGGCCUUCCAGGAACUGAAGUCAGAGUUAACCGAAGUUCCUGCUUCUCAAAUCUUGAAGGAGAGUCCAUCUGGCCAUCCCAGAAGAAAAGAGGGAGACAAUGGGUGCGGAGCGCUGGUUUGGGUGGGAGAACCUGUCACUCUGAGGACCGCUGAAACCAUCACUGGCAAGUACGGCGUGUGGAUGAGAGACCCCAAGCCCGUGCACCCCUACACCCAGGAGACCACAUGGAGAAUCGACACGGUGGGCACAGACAUCCGCCAGGUGUUCGAGUACAGCCUCGUGGGCCAGUUCGAGCAGGGCUACCCCUCCAAGGUGCACGUGCUGCCGCGGGCGCUGGAAAGCACGGGCGCCGUGGUGUAUGCGGGAAGCCUGUACUUCCAGGAGGCCCAGUCCAGGACGGUGCUCAGGUACGAGCUGAGCACCGAGGCCGUGAAGGCGGAGAAGGAGAUCCCGGGAGCCGGGUACCACGGACAGUUCCCGUACUCCUGGGGCGGCUACACAGACCUCGACCUGGCGGUGGACGAGAGCGGCCUGUGGGUCAUCUACAGCACGGAGGAGGCCAAGGGCGCCAUCGUCCUGUCCAAGCUGAACCCAGAGAACCUGGACCUUGAACACACCUGGGAGACCAACAUCCGCAAGCAGUCGGUGGCCAACGCCUUUGUCAUCUGCGGUACCUUGUACACCGUCAGCAGCUAUUCCUCCGCCGAGGCGACCGUCAACUUCGCCUACGACACUGCCACCGGGGUCAGCAAGACCCUGACCAUCCCGUUCAAGAACCGCUACAAGUAUAGCAGUAUGAUUGACUAUAACCCCCUGGAGAGGAAGCUCUUUGCCUGGGACAACUUCAACAUGGUGACCUACGACAUCCAGCUCUCUGAGGUGUGAGAGGCACCCCCAGCCCCCAAGUCAGUCCUUCCAGCAAAGGCAGAAGGAGGUGAUGUUCGGAGCUCCUGGGAGGAGCGAGAUGAAGGAAAAUCCAGCCCGCGAGACCCACACAGCUUCUCUUUGUUUCUGAAGCUUUCAUCAGUCCAGGAGGAUGAGCACAGUCCUCAUCUGACUGCGCAACCUGAAGCCUUAGCUAAUAUCACAAAAUAGGUUUCUUUUCUUCUGUCAACUUUUAAAGAGGGAUUUUCUCCCUAAGUAGUUCACAUUUUAUGGAAAUUUAGGCCCAAAUCUAUAGGCAUGGCAGUUUCUUCACAAUAUCAUUGCUCUUACAAGUUGUGUGGUUAUGAUAAGACCCAACAAGAAGCAGUAGUCCUAAGAAGAAUCUGCUCUUGUGGCCAAAACUAAGCCUUUGUAAGGUACAUUUACUACCAGUAGUUUCUAAUGAUUCAUAUAGAAUUUAGUUGUGUAUUUUGUAACCUUUGCCUUGUGAAAUAAAGUUAUCUUACAUCUUGCUUGAAA